AUGUCUCCGCCGCUGUCCGCCGCGGACACCGAGACUGACACCAUCAUCAUCGGCAAUGGCCCCUCUGCCAUGAUCCUGUCCUACAUCCUCCACGGCCACAUCCCCUUCUACGCCGCCAAUCCUCCCCAUCCCGAUCAUCUGCUGCACGCCAAGUUGCAGGACGCGCCCUGCCUGCUGCGUCCCGACCUCGAUGCGCUGACCCAUCACUUCGCCGCCUCGCGCCUGUCGUACUCGACCCAGGCCCUCCCCGUCAACGUCCUCCUCGACGCCCUGCUGCUCCCCCAGGGCGAAACAGACGACCUGGGCCAGACCACAAACCUCGAAUGGCGCUACGAGCCGGACCGUGCGGUGCCGCACCUCGUCCUGGGCGAUGCUCCGCAGCCGGGGGGUCUCUGGGCGAACGAUCCGGUGCGCGUCAGCUGGGACAUCCAGACGCUGAGCUACGCCGGCAUGCUCUCCCUGCCGGGCUACUCGUUCGCCGACCACUACCGCAAGACCAAGGGAUGUGAGCUGCAGCCCUUCACCCGUCCCACCCGGCGCGAUCUGGCCGAGUAUCUGCGUGUCUACCCGGCCGAGGCCGGCAUCGACGACGCGUUCCGCUGCGGCGUGCAGCUGCAGGGCGUCGAGCGGACGGCAGACGGCGGCUUCUAUGUGCGCUCCCACGGCAUCCGCUGCAAGCACCUCGUGCUGGCCACGGGGAUCUUCUCGCAUGCAAUCCGUCCGCCGCCGCUUCUCGCCCGGCUGUCGAACCUCUCAUCCGCGCAACGGAGCUCCUCCGCGCCCGCGCCGUUGCUCGUCAUCGGGUCCGGCUUCACCGCGGCGGACUCGAUCAUCUCCGCUCCCCACGACCAACCCAUCCUCCAUGUCUUUCGCUGGGACCCGGAUCACCGGCCCUCGCCGCUGCGGAGCUGCCACCAGCAAGCCUACCCGGAGUACGCCGGGAUCUACCGCUUGAUGAAGCGGGCCGCGCUUUCUUCAUCGUCAUCCGCCUCCUCCUCCUCCUCUCAGCGGCACAAAGCCCGACGACUGGCAUCGACGCCGUUCCUGGACAGUCGCCGCUGGGACGAGAUGUACCAGGGCUUGCCCAACGCGGAGGUCGAGGACGUCCAGGUGCACGAUGACGGACAGCAGGCCACCGUAAGGUUCCGCCUGCAGGACGGGACGACGAUGACACGGGCCGUGAGCGGGCUCGCCUACGGUGUUGGGCGGAGAGGCUCUCUGCAGUAUCUGGACCCGGAACUGCGCUCUGAAGUGCUGAGCGGCAGUUCCGGAGGAGCAGACAGUCCCGUAGACGCUGCCAUGGACCCGGACAUGGCCCCCACCGUCACCGGAAAGACCCUCCGCAGCAAGGUGAUGGAAGAUCUGGAAGUUGCGCGCGACGUUUUCGUCAUCGGCAGCUUGACGGGGGACUCGCUAGUGCGAUUCGCGUACGGCGGGUGCGUGUACGCGGCGAGCAGGCUAAUCAUUCCGUCGAAAGACGGAAAGCGUGAUAAUACUAAUAACAAUAUCAAUGGCAGCGGGUCCUCAAUACCCAAACGACCAGCGGGCACGCCGACAGGAGGACCAGAGGCGUUCCUGAACGGCGUGGAUGGCCAUGGGCAGCAGCGCAAGCAGCAUGACGUGCAGCUGCAGCAGUUUGAUGAUACUGAUGAUACUGAUAAGAAGCCGCUGGAGCGCCGAAAGGCAGUCGAUGACGAUAAUCAUGACGAUAAUCAUGAUGCUGCUGAUGAGAACCACCGCAGCAGCAGCAGCAGCAACAAUAAUAAUGAUAAUGACAGUACGAUUAUGCCGCAAAUGACCGUGAGCAUGACCAGCAAGCCACGGCUCAGCAGCUGGUGGACAGCAAUACUCAAUCUGCUGAUGCGAUAA